AGUCGUGUGUGCUCUGUACAAUACCUUGAAGCAACAAAUAACCCCGGCUUAGGAAAAUGGCCGACGUAGAGAUGGAUAUCGCGUCUAGAAGAAUGAAUAAUGGAAACGAACACGUGAAAGAGGAUUUGGAGAGCCAUGACAAGAGUGGGAGUGAGGAAAGUGGUGAACAUUCUGAAGAAGAGGGUGGGAAAGAUGUUGGGGAAGGCGAAGCUGAAACUAAUGGAGGAAAGACCGCAGGGGGGUCCAAACAUCACAGUAGUGGUAGCAAACAUAAGAAGAAGAAACACAAACACCGCAGCAAGCACAAAAAACACAAGCAUGCCUCUGAAGAGGACAAGGACCGCAAACGCAAACAUCGACACAAACACAAGAAACACAAACGUAAAGAUGGCUCCUCUCCAUCAGCCCCGGUCAUCAACAGCUCCUCCAGUCACCGAAAGACUGACAUUUCCCCAUCAUCUGAUGACAAGGCCUUAUUGGAGGAGUUGGAAAAACAGAGAGCAAUGAUCAAAGCAGAGCUAGACAGCCAGAUUAUGGAGGGUGGCAAGGUGCAGUCUGGCAUGGGCCUCAUCCUCCAGGGUUACAACUCUGGCUCUGAGGAGGGAGAUGCAGAGGGUAAAGUCAGAAACGGGGAGCAGCGGCAGAGAGCAAGCGUGGGGAAACCCAUCUCUCCCCGGGGAAGGAGUAAAGCUAGACGGGACUCUGCAGAAGCAGGGAAAUCUGGUACUAAGCACCACAGUCGGAGCAAGUCCGGGGAAAGAGCAGGCAAGGAGUCCAAGUCCGACAAAACGACCAAAGGCAGCAAAGAUGGUGCCACUAAAGACCGAAGCCGUGGGCGCAGCAAAUCAAAAGAGGGAAAACGUUCCCAAAGCGGGGAUAAGUCCAAAGAGAGAAGUAAGAAGUCUCCUUCCCCCUCCAGCCGGAAAGCAGAGCAUAGGAGCAGCCGCUUGGACAAACGCACCUCACCCCAGCCCGAAAGCAGACCACACAUGGAGCGCAGCAGCCGGAGGUCCAGAUCCCGGGAGCGUCCAGGACGCUCUGAGGCAGAGAGGGAUCGGGACAAGAGGCCAACUAAGUCCCCAUCCAAGGAUGCCUCGUCUGGGAAAGAGAACCGCUCUCCCCACCGGCGUGGAGGGGGCCACAGCAGCCCCCCACGGAGACGCAGUCCCUCUCCACACGCCACUAGGGAAUCCCAGCAGGCCUCAGCCUCCACCUCCAAACAGGGUUCCCCCUCCAGAGCAGCCAGGUCCCCAGCAAGGAGAGGCCGCAGCCGCUCCACAGACACCAGGAGGAGGGAUGCUGACAGACAGGGCUCCUCACCACUCAGGAAGCGAAUACGGCCAGAUACAGGGCCAGGGGGUAGAGCAAGGUCACGGGAGACCAGCCCCAGAGGUGCUGCCCAACGACGCAGGAUGAGCCGCUCUCCCUUCAGGAGAAGGUCCCCAUCGCCUUUCCGGAGAAGGAGCCGGUCUCCACUGAGACGCAGGUCACCGGAAAGAGAUAGAUACGGCCGGCUCCGACAGUACGGCCGACGCUCCAACUCCCGGGACCGAGACAGGCGGAGGAGGCGUAGCCGAGACGAAGACAAGUUCAAAGGAAGCCUCUCCGAGGGUAUGAAGGCUGAUAAGGAGUCCUCCUCUGAGGAAGUGCUGGAGGACUUUGAUGGUGAGGAGGUGGAUGAAGAGGCCCUCAUAGAGCAGCGGCGUCAGCAGCGUCUGGCCAUCGUCCAGAAAUACCGUAGUGCUAACGAGGACAGCAUGGCGUCCGUGGCAUCGGAGCCCAGCAGCCCCCAAAGCAGCACGCGAAGCCGCUCACCCUCGCCUGAUGACAUCCUUGAACGAGUGGCUGCCGACGUCAAGGAGUAUGAGCGGGAGAACCUGGACACGUUUGAGGAGAACAUCAAGGCCAAGCAAGGCCUUAUUACGCAGGAGAAAGAUGGACCCAAAAAGCCUUCGGCCCCAGAUAUGUUUACAGAAUCAGACGACAUGUUUGAAGCGGCCAUUGAUAAUGCCAGGAUGAGAGCGGCAGGCGCGGGUGGGAAGGACUUCAAAGAGAACCCCAACCUCCGGGAUAACUGGACGGAUGCAGAGGGUUACUACCGUGUGAACAUCGGUGAGACGCUGGACAAGCGCUAUGACGUCUACGGCUACACAGGCCAGGGGAUGUUCAGCAAUGUGAUUCGGGCCAGGGAUACGGCCCGCGCUGGACAAGACGUGGCCGUUAAGAUCAUCCGUAACAACGAGCUAAUGCAGAAGACUGGCCUAAAGGAGCUGGAGUUCCUCAAGAGGCUCAACGAUGCCGACCCAGAUGACAAGUUCCAUUGCCUGCGCCUCUUCAGACACUUCUACCACAAGCAGCACCUGUGUCUUGUGUUUGAGCCCCUGAGUAUGAACCUGCGCGAGGUACUGAAGAAGUACGGCAAGGACGUGGGGCUCCAUAUUAAGGCUGUCCGCUCCUACACACAGCAACUCUUCCUAGCACUCAAGCUCCUGAAACGAUGCAACAUCCUCCAUGCUGACAUCAAGCCUGACAACAUCCUGGUGAACGAAUCCAAGACCAUUCUGAAACUCUGCGAUUUUGGCUCGGCGUCCCACGUGGCAGACAAUGAUAUCACGCCGUAUCUUGUCAGCCGAUUCUACAGAGCUCCAGAAAUCAUCAUUGGGAAGCCAUACGACUACAGCAUCGACAUGUGGUCAGUGGGUUGCACGCUUUAUGAACUCUACACAGGCAAAAUUCUGUUCCCUGGCUCCUCUAACAACCACAUGAUCAAACUGGCCAUGGACCUCAAGGGAAAGAUGCCUAACAAGAUGAUCCGCAAAGGACUUUUCAAAGACCAGCACUUUGAUCAGAACCUCAACUUCCUCUACAUUGAAGUGGACAAAGUGACUGAAAGGGAGAAGGUAACGGUGAUGAGCACCAUCAACCCGACAAAGGACCUGUUGGCUGACAUGAUAGGGGGCCAGAGGCUGCCUGAGGAGCAGAGGAAGAAAGUCCUUGUCCUCAAAGACCUCAUCGAUAGCACGCUGAUGCUGGACCCAGCCAAACGCAUCAGCAUCAACCAGGCUCUGCAACACCCCUUCAUCCAGGAGAAGAUCUGACAUCAGACACACCCUAUUACCCAACAGGCUCUGCCGCAAUGCUUCAUGCAGGAGAAUAUCUUACUUCAGAUCAGUCCAACCAGCAACCCGGCUCUGCCGCACCCUUUUAUCCAGGAGAACUAAUCUCAGACCAGCUCACGUUAUGCCACUAGCCUGGUUUCAGAUCCCUUUGUGCAGUCUUGUAAACUCCUGGGGUCAUUGUGACAUGACCUUAAUAAUUAGCAAGACAACACAGUUGGAUCUGGAUCCGUUCUACAAAGCCACCAUCUUUGCCAGGUCUAGCUGCAGUCUGGUAACCAAAUAAGACAAAGAUCAUUGUCCAUAAUUUAACCUCCCUCAUUUAGAUUUUUAAGGUUACUGUAAUCUGAUAUCUGGUCAUUAAUGUAAAUAGUUCAUGGGAAAUAUUCAUUCAUGAAAAAAAAAAUACUUUUAUGAUUUUUCAUUGUAAAAUGUCCCAUCUGGACAGCAAAGGCCCAGUUAUGGACUUUAACAAUUGAACGGGCGGCAAAGCGGCAUCGAAAUAAUCUAAUUACUGUAAAUACAAAUCUGAGUGUAGGUCGGUUUUUGAAAUUUGUGUUGUGAACUUGACGCAUGAAGGAGAUGAUACAUAAUGGCAUGUCUUUGGCAGUUUUUUAUGAUCACCCUCAUUGCCCGUCUUGCGGCGAUGCAUGCUUUUGAAUGUCAACCCCUUUUGCUAAGCUGUAGAUGUGUGUAGCUCAGGCCCGUGUACUGUAAAUGCUCUCUGUGUGUGUAACAGCAUUCACCACCCAUCUCGCUGGUCCCAGGCCUGUGCUUAAAGGACAAUGUCCUAUUUUUGGUUUCACUUGUUGAAUGGUUUCUCACCUUGAAAGUAGUCAUUGGGCUGACAGAAACUGCAAUACACAGUUGUUUUCUGUCUACUAUGAACUAUUGAAAACUUAACUUUUGCUGCCCAUAGUUAAAAAGAAAAUACGAUGUUUAAGUAAAAGAAGUUACACUUUUUAAAUGUUAUUUGGCCAAUUAAAAAACAAACAUGAUCCUCCCUUACUUCCAUAGAUUUUUUUGUUAGCUGAAGCUAAAGUAAGCUAAAAUUCAUCAUCACUACCAAACCAUAGAUUACAUUUUAUCUUAGCCCAUCAACUUCUUUCAGGGUGAGAAACAUCUAAUAUCAAGUAUAAAAACAAAAAAAAUACUUAAAGGAAUAGAAUCAGCAGUAGUACUGUAUUCCACCUGAAGAAUCUGACAGUUUAAUUUCUAGGCUGGUCAUUUUACAGAACAGAGCUGCCCCCACUAACUCCAGCAAUGUCAAAUUUCUCCUAUCAUUCUUUCUCCCUUUUUUUGAUAGGGUUCUGGCUAUAGGCUCUCAGAUUUAAGUGCCUCCUGCAUGAGCCAUGUUAACAAAAUGCCAGCCUGUGAUAUCCACCUCUCUCCUUGCUCUCCUUUCAUGUUGUAUAUAUUCCAUUGUUACCCCAGUCUUUCUCCAUGUUAAAGAUUUUCACGUUUGAUUUCCUAGUUUUUUUUUUCAUUUCAGAGAAAGAUUUUGUGAUUCAAGCAAAUAAUUGAGUUGUGAAAUUCAGCUGAUCUGAAAAGAGCACCUUCUGUGUACCACAACUUUUAGUAAUAAAAUAUUUCAUAUUCA